UAUAAUUGGUAAAAUAUAGUAUAACUUAAUAUUUUAUUUUUGUUUUUAAGAUUCUUACAUAUUUAUGGGAUUUUUAGGCAUUAUACAAACAUUGAGAACAUACUCAGUUCCCACCUAUUUUAUUGUUAUAUUACCAUUUUAAUAUUUUGAUACAUGAAGUAUGCACCGUUUAAACAAGUAAAAUACUCAAAACCAAUACCCUAUUAGCAAACUAAAUAUUUGUAUUGCAAUUUUUUUAAACGAUUUGUUGUACAUAUGAUAAUAAUAUACCGUGGUGUAUCUCAACCGAUGAUCAACAGUAAAUUUGAACAUUUUUUUUAAUUAAAAAGCUAUGUUAAGCUGUCAAACAUUAGGAUUAAUAUACUAUUUAAAAAAACAUUAUUCCACUAUAUAUCUCAACAGAAUAUCUAUCUUGCUAUAUCAAUUUAAAUCACACCAAGAAAUAUUAUCAUAAUUGAAAACCGAGUAAAACACAUUUUUUGUGCUAGGAAAUUAAAUAUAGUAUUUGAAUUUUAUUUUUUCUUGUUAUUUUUUGCUACAUUAUAAUAAAAAUAUUAAGAUAAUUUUUAAGUAGUAUUUAACAAUAUCAUAUCGUGAGUUAUGUGACUACUACAAUAAAACCUUAAACAAAUGCCCAAAUCCAGAAUCCGAAUCUGAAUCUCCCACUUCUCACUGUCAGAACUAUCAAAUCGCAGCUUCGAUAAUGGCGGGAAGCGGCGGCGGGAACCCUAACACAACCCCCAAAAUACUGCUAGCAAAGCCCGGCCUUGUCGCCGCCGGCAAAUUACAUCGAGGCGGCGGCGGAGCCGAUGAGGACGCCGCGGCGCUCCGCUCUCGCCUCCCCUCUGUUGGGUCUCUGAAUCUCCUGUCCGAUUCCCGGGAUUUUCAGAUUGAUCGAUUUUUACCGUUUUUGACGGACAACACUGAGUUUACCGUGGUGGGUGUGAUUGGCCCACCGGGUGUGGGGAAAUCAACCAUUUUGAAUGAAAUUUAUGGCUUUGAUUCUUCCUCUCCAGGAAUGCUGCCUCCUUUUGGCGUGGAAUCGGAGGAAACAAGGGUGAUGGCUAGGCAUUCGACAGUAGGAAUCGAGCCCAGGGUCUCCUCCGAAAGGAUCAUACUUCUCGAUACACAGCCCGUAUUUAGUCCCUCGGUUUUAGCAGAGAUGAUUAGGCCCGAUGGGUCAUCCACAAUCUCAGUAAUAAGUGGCGAAUCAUUAUCCGCAGAGCUAGCUCAUGAGAUGAUGAGCAUACAGCUUGGCGUUCUGCUUGCAUCUGUUUGUCAUAUUGUCAUCGUGGUAUCCGAGGGAGUUCACGAUGCCAGCAUGUGGCGCUUGAUGAUGACGGUGAAUCUAUUAAAACACGGCAUACCCGAUCCGUCUUCCACAGCACUGUCUCAUCCACAGAGCUCCGACAAAGAAGCUGCUAACAAGCCUCUGGUGGAGAGCGGAGAAGAAUACAUGGCUGCUCACAUUUUUGUGCACACGAGGGUCCGCGACCACGACAACACUCCACAGCACUCUCAGGCGCUGCAGAAAGCCCUCGCACAGUGCUUUGGCACGUCCCCGUCUGUGAGUGAAGGCCAAGAUGCCGCGAGAGGUGCUCAGCACAAGAAACUGUUUCUUGUCCCGGCCAAGGGUAAAGAUGGCUCGUCUAGGCCGCUCUACGAAAGCUAUGCAUCUGCCCUUUGGAAAGUGAGGGAUCAGGUGUUGUCGAUGACCACGUCGUCGUUUUCACGGACGGUUUCGGAGCGUGAGUGGCUGAAGAACUCCGGCAAGGUAUGGGAGCUGAUCAAGAAUUCUCCAACUAUUGCAGAUUAUUGCGCUACGCUUCAAACAUCUGGUUUCUAUAGGAAAUAGCUCUCUCUGUCGUAUUAAAUCAAUCAUUAGUCACGACUUUUCAUAUCAAUUUUCUCCAUAUUUUUUAUACUGGACUGAAGUUUGAUAAAUUGUGGGUUAUUUCUGUAUAAUAGCGAUAUUAUGAGCCAUUUUUCAUACGCAUGAU